GGACGACUCCUCUACUUUCUCGUCAAAAUUUCAUACAAUCGAAUUCGUACAAUCACACACACACACACACUCAAAGAGGCCGAAGCUUCAAGCGAAGUAUCGUUUUCCCGAAUCAGGCCCAUCAAAUUCAACUCUCUUAACAAUAGUUGACAAUCUGGCAGACAUGCACAUCAUUAUGUGUCCAUGUCGCAGCAGCAGUUGUUGACUCUCCAAGAGUUCGAGUUUUUUCACUCUAAGUCUCUGAAUCUGAGUUUUGUGCGUGUUUUACUCUCCGUAGAGUUUGUGGGACAAGCAUAAGUCUGGCAGAUUCUUGCUUUCCGUUUCUUGGAAUUUGGCUUCUGGGAUUGCAAUUUUUUUUUUCGUGAUUUGUCAUUGAAGGGCUUUGGAAUUAUGCCCGUGUUAGGAAAUGUGUAGCUGUUUGUUGUUCUUGCUUUUGUGCACCAGUUACAGUAGAUGGGCAGUAGCGAUUCACACAUGGUAGAGACUAAUUCACAUCUUGAGAUGGGAUCAUUAGCGGGAAAAUCGACACUGGACAUUGAAGAUCUGCGACUUGUCAGCCCUCAACCAAUUGUUGGAAAGACAUCUUCUCUGGAGAUAGCUCCUCCGAGAUCUUUCUUUAGUCCUGGAACAGAAGAUUUUGGUUGUAGAUCUAUACCAAGUUGCAUAUUUCGCAGCACAAAAAUUGCUCUGUUUUCCAACAAAUUGAACUUGCUUAUACCUUGCGGUCCUUUGGCGAUAUUAGUUGAUAAGCUUACAAACCAUCAUGGCUGGGUUUUCUUCUUAAGUCUGUUAGGCAUAAUUCCCUUGGCCGAACGUUUGGGCUGGGCUACAGAGCAGCUCGCAUUCUAUACUGGACCAACAGUUGGGGGUCUUCUAAAUGCUACUUUUGGUAAUGCAACGGAGCUGAUAAUAUCUAUGCACGCACUGAAAAGUGGCAUGAUACGCGUUGUUCAGCAAUCAUUACUGGGAUCAAUUCUUUCUAAUAUGUUGUUGGUACUUGGAUGUGCGCUUCUUGGAGGAGGAAUUGUUCACUGUAAAAGGGAACAAGUUUUCAACAAGUCAUCUGCAGCAAUGAAUUCAGGAUUGCUUUUGAUGGCAGUGAUGGGUCUCUUGUUCCCGGCCGUCCUCCAUUUCACACACACGGAGUUGCAUUUUGGCAAGUCUGAGCUAGUACUUUCAAGGUUUAGCAGUUGCGUUAUGCUGGUAGCAUAUGGCGCAUACAUUAUUUUCCAGCUGACCAGUCAAAAGAACCUUUAUAACCCUGUAAAUGAGGAAGGGACUCAAACCGAGGGGGGCUCAGCUGACAAUGAAGAGCCAGAUAUUCCGAAGUGGGAAUCCAUCAUGUGGCUAUUUAUAUUGACCUCCUUGAUAUCGGUUUUGUCAGAAUAUUUGGUUAAUGCCAUAGAGGGGGCAUCUGUAGCAUUGAACAUUCCAGUAGCAUUUAUAAGUGUUAUCCUGCUCCCAAUUGUGGGGAAUGCAGCAGAACACGCGGGUGCUGUUAUGUUUGCCGUGAAAGACAAGCUUGACAUUUCUCUUGGAGUGGCGAUAGGGUCAUCGACACAAAUAGCAAUGUUUGGGAUCCCCUUCUCUGUGGUCGUGGGCUGGAUCAUGGGACGUCCUAUGGACUUGAAUUUUCAACUAUUUGAGACAGCCACUCUUAUUAUGACUGUUCUUGUAGUGGCCUUGAUGCUGCAAGACGGAACAUCAAAUUACUUUAAAGGACUGAUGCUUCUCCUCUGCUAUCUGAUAGUUGCCGCAAGCUUCUUUGUACAUAUAGACCCUGAAUCUGUCCAGGACAGACCAAGCAUCCCUCCGUAAACACACAAUGCCUGCUGAUCAUGUUUUGAUUUGCUCCGGAAACGACUUGUCAAAAAGCAAGGAAAGUAUCUAUAUACACAAAUAAGAUAUAUAGUUAUGCAAGUGUUGCUUCCUGAAGCAUAUAUUUGAUGGGGGAGGUCGAGUUUCAACCUGGAUAUGGAUAUAUGUAUAUAUACAUGCUGUUAAAAGUAUAAGCUAAGAAAUAUCUCCAGUCUCAAAUUUGCAUACAA